GUUUUCAGAUCUUCAGAGAGGUGUGUGUGUGUAGUUCACAAGACACACACACAGAGGAGGGCUGGCUGCUCUUUUCUUUUGUCUGACCUCCUCUGCAAAAAUGCACGCCUCACCUCUAUUUCCUCAAGUUUCCUUACAACCCAUAACACCUUUCGAGCCGUAAAUCUGACAAGCCCUUCCAUGUUUGAGGGAAUUAACGGAAGAUUAUCAUUAGCUCUUCAAAACAUCUCGGAAUGUUCUCUAAAAAAACUCAUGGAGAUGUCAGGAAAUCGACACAGAAAGUGCUGGACCCCAAGAAGGACGUGCUGACAAGAUUGAAACAUCUGAGAAUCGUUAUUGAAAAUGCGGAGCCUGCUGAACUCAAACACCUCUUCGAGCAGAAUUACUCCCACAUCUACUAUGUGUUCUUUGAAAACUUCGUCACCAUCGAGGUUAACCUGAAACAGAAAGGUCACAAAUCGCAAAGAGAAGAGCUUGAUUCUAUUCUUUUUAUUUUUGAGAAAAUCCUACAGCUGUUACCAGAGCGAAUACAAGGAAGAUGGCAGUUCCACAGCAUAGGUCUAAUUCUGAAGAAACUGCUACACACUGGAAACUCCCUAAAGAUCCGGAGGGAAGGGGUGCGUCUCUUCCUUCUGUGGAUGCAGGCUCUGCAGCACAACACUCUGCGAGAGCAGCUCUGGAUUUUCGCCUGUCUAAUCCCUGGAUUCCCUGCACCACAGUCCGAGCUUGGCCCUCGAACCCUGGAUAAUCUGAUCAGCCCUCCCCUUAACCUUCAGGAGCCUCAAGUGACCCCAGAGGAGAUCAGUCCCCUGGUGCCGCCCCAGUCAGGAGACAAAUCCCAGGAAGAUCUAACUGGCUACUUCCUGGAGGCUCUACUAAAAUACAUGGUAAACCAGGCCAAAAGUCUAGAGUGGAAGUGCAAGGAGAACCACGAGAAGGGGUUUGCCUUCUUGUUCGCCAAUUUCAAAAAGUAUUACCUGCCCCAUAUCUUCCCCAACUUCUCCAAGGAGACCAGUUUGUACAAUCCAAUUCUGGAGGUUCCACCCAUGAGACCAAAGCCUUACUACAUAGUUGUAAAAAGAGACCCAGAGACCAAUGAAGCCCUGUACUGCACUAAAGAGAACUUCCUUAAUGCCAGAGUCAUAUUUAUCCGCUGGCUGGUCUCCUUCUGGCUGGAGCCACGGUCAAACACAGGAACACACAUUCCUGGCAUGGAAGGAGAAAACGUGCCAAAGAACAUCCAGAGAGCGGCAGCGGGCCUGGCUGCCCGAGGGGAGAAUGGCGGCCUGAGACCAGAUGGUCUGGAUGGGGGUGGAACUGGCGAACCGGAGCAGUCGCACUCCAACACCAGCACCCUGACGGAGAGAGAACCCAGCUCCUCCAGCCUCUGCAGCAUGGACGAAGAACACCUCACCGACAUUGAGGUGGUGCGCCGGGUCCUGUGCUCCUGUAGAACCAAUGUCAACUUUAUCACCGAGAUCUUUCGACAGGCGUUUCUGCUGCCCAUGUGUGAGGCUGCAGCCAUGCGUAAGGUGGUGCGGCUGUAUCAAGAGUGGAUCUCUCUGCAGGAUAAGCCUGUGUUUAUGAGAGAGCCAGAGGAAGACCGAUUCACAAGCCAGCUGGACUCCACCCACGAGCAGAGAACUGAUAAAGAGGAGGAGGAUAUUGGGCUCACGGUGUCCGUUCACAAUCGAAACCCUAAUUGGUGUAGUAGGAAUUCUGGGAGUAAAUCCUCUGAUUCUGAGGUAUUGGAGUAUAAUGUCCAUGCUGGUGUCCAGGCCACACUACAGGUUUUCAUCACCAACUCCUCCAACGUCUUCCUUCUGGAGGCAGCCAAUGAGCUGAAGUCACUUCUGGAAGAGCAUGUUGACAUGUGCAAGCGUGUGCUCAAUAUAUACCGCAGUCUGGUCAUGCAUGAAACCAUGAACCAGAAGACCUGGGAGCAGAUCUUGCUGGUGUUGCUAAGGGUAACUGAGUGUGUGAUGAAGAGGCCUCCAUCUAUUAUGCCUCAUGGGAAGAAGAGUAACACUUUAUCGGGCCGUUUGGCUGGGGCCAUUUUUCAGACUCUGAUUGUGGCCUGGAUCAAAGGGAAUCUGAAUGUGUACAUCUCUCGGGAGCUGUGGGAUGACCUGCUGUCUGUACUCUCAUCUCUCACCUGCUGGGAGGAGCUGGUCACUGAGUGGUCCCUCACCAUGGAGACACUUACCAAGGUACUAGCACGCAACCUUUACAGCCUGGACCUGAACGAGCUGCCCCUGGACAAGCUCAGUGAGCAGAAACAGAAAAAACACAAAGGCAAAGGUGGCGCCCAUGAGUGCCAGAAAAUCACUGUGGAUAGGUCGUUCUCCAAAGGCUGGAGUCGAGACCCACCAGGCCAGGCUGCUGCCAUGAGACAGCGCAGCGCUACCACUGCUGGCUCACCAGGCAUCGAGAAGGCCAGAAGCAUCGUCAGACAGAAGACAGUUGACCUGGAGGAACCUCCCAUUGUCCAGCGCGGGUCGCGGAUCCGCCACUGCUCUCAAAGUGAGGAGACCCCAUCGUCCGAGGUGUUUUCUGCCUCCGGUGAGCUGGAGCAGCCUCCGCUCCCCCGCAGCAGCAGCGCCUCUGACAUCAUGGAGCCCUUCAUCGCAGAGCGGGUCAAAGGUGCACUUCCUGUCUCUGACAGUCCCUCUCACUCCUCCCACUUUACCACCACCACCUCUGAGUCCCCCCACAGUUCCCCGACCCCACACCAGCUUACUGACCCACAUCAACCCCCCGACAACCAGGCAUCCCUGGAGGUGGGCGAAAGCAUCUAUGACCAUCUCUGCCAGAUGCCGGGGCAGCAACCCCCCUUUAUCCCUGAUUGGUCCUGUCCAGCAGCGGCCUCGAGCAAUCAAAACGAGGGUGAAGGGGAGGAGGAUGUCUUCAGCACUUUUAGGGAGUUUUGUAGCAAGGAGGAAGUGAAGGUGGAAGCAGGUGCAGAUAACAGGCAGGUGCAGCUUGGGGGAAGUGGGGAUUGGGCGCUAGAAUGGGAUAAAGAGAUGGAGCAAAGCGAGAAGAGUUUUUAUGAGUGUUUAGAAGAAUGUGAUUGGGAUUUGAGUGUUAGUACGCAACCAGCAGAGGGCAGCAAAGUCACGCAGCUACACCGCCAGAAUGCCACAGACAGGGCUAGUGAGCGCGAGCUUAGUCCGCAGGCUUCCCAGGUUGCACCCAGGCCCAAACUAUCCCAUCUUGAUCCCAAUAAACGCCACAGUGGUGGUGUCCACGUCAGCUUCCGCCCAUCCACAGAGUCUGUGCAGUUUCACAACCCUCUGGACCCCAAAGAGGCGCACUGGAAGACCCGUCUCCGCCGUCUCGGCCACUUCAGCAGCCACUCGGUUGGGGCGAGUGGGGCAGCGGCCAAGGGUGUGGGGGAGGGGGUCACCUGUUGCGAGGCGGUCGAGCGGGAUAGAGGCUCCAUCAGCGGGGCUAGACGCGGCCGACUCGGCCGCCCAACUCUCCGCCCACGGGGGCCCCGUUCUAGGUCUCAGGAGUCAGGGUGCAGCCCGUCACGGCAGCACCAGGUGGCGCUGUUGGGCGGGGUGUAUAAGUCUAUGGUCCACGCUCUCUCCAAACCCAAGGCCCAGGCAGCGUCGCCCCAGCGUCACAGCAAAGCGCCUGCCACUGAGGCCCACCUGAAGGACCUGUACACUCACGUUAUGGGCUAUUUUGGAAGAAAAACAUCAGCCAAUAAAGAUGAGCUGACACCGAAGAUGAGGCCCAUGUCCAACGAUGCUGGCACCAGCAACCCUAAUGUCAGUGACCUCAUGGACGAGUUCAUCCAGGAGAGACUGAGGGCCAGAGGCACUUCUGGCAUGACGAGGCGUGGCAGUAGUCCAGGAAGUCUGGAGAUCCCCAAAGAUCUACCAGAGCUCCUGAACCGUCAGAACGCCACGCGUCCUGCAGACGACCCCGGUGUGCCCUCUGAGUGGACCUCCCCAGCCAGCGCCAGUGGAAGUGACCUCAUAAGCUCCGACAGCCAAUCAGAUUCCUUCAAUGCUUUUCAGUAUGACAACAAAUUUGAAAAUUUCAGCUUCCCCCCUGAAACAUGUGCUCUGGCCUCUGUGGAUCAGGAUAGUUUGGGAGGAGCAGGUCAGACCGCAGAGGAACAGGAGCUUUCCAGUCUCACAACACUCCACAUUGACUCAGAGACCAGCAGCCUCAGUCAGCAUGGCCUGUCAGCUGACACUGUCACCAUUACUGGUUCUGAGAGCGCGUCUCCAAUGCACUCUCUGGGAGGCUCACGAUCACAGACGCCAUCCCCCGCCACACUGACUGCCGAACACAUCCAGCAUAAAGAUCUACAGCUGGAUGAGAAAAUGCACCACUCUGUGCUGCAGACCCCUGAUGACCUUGAAACCAGUGAGUUUCCGACAGAGGACUGUAGUGUGAUGGCUGGCGGCACUCUGACCGGCUGGCAUGCUGAUGUCGCCACAGUGAUGUGGAGGAGAAUGCUAGGAAUUCUGGGAGAUGUCAACUCCAUCAAGGACCCUGAGAUCCACGCACAGGUCUUUGACUACCUCUGUGAACUCUGGCAGAACCUGGCCAAGAUCAGAGACAAUCUCGGGAUCUCUCUUGACAACCAGUCGUCUCCACCCCCGCCAGAUCUGAUUCCACCUCUGCGGAUUCUGACUCCCUGGCUUUUCAAAGCAACUAUGUUGGGCGAACGCUAUAAGCAGGGGAAACUCCAUGCCUAUAAGCUCAUCUGUAAGAUAAUGAAGAGAAGACAGGAUGUUUCACCUAACUCUGACUUCCUUACGCACUUCUACAACAUCAUGCACUGCGGCCUGCUUCACCAAGACCAGGACAUUGUGAACACCAUCAUUAAGCACUGCUCUCCACGCUUCUUCUCUAUUGGACUUCCGGGUGCCACUAUGCUCAUCCUGGACUUCAUCGUGGCAGCGAGUCGUGUAACUUCCUGCUCGUCCCUCAAUGCUCCACGGGUGGAGGCUCAGAUCUUGUUGGGCUCCCUGGUGUGCCUCCCAAACUUGUACAAUGAACUUCCUGCCCUGCACCCCACAACGGCUGACAUUCUCAUGACGAAAUUCACAGAUGUCAAGGAGCAUAUAAUCAAGCACAUCCUGACCUCUGCCAGAGAUGAGCCUUCUGCACCAGCAAGGUGUGUGGCUCUCUGUAGUCUGGGUAUUUGGCUCUGUGAAGAACUGGUUCAUGGCACUCAGCAUCCGCAGAUCAAAGAAGCGCUUAAUGUCAUCUGUGUCACUGUCAAGUUCUCAAAUAAAACCGUUGCUCUGGUGGCCUCAGACAUUUUGCACCUGCUCAUCAAUUAUGUGGACGAACUGCAGAAAUUCCCGCCUGACACUCCAAAGAAAAUAGUGGAGGUCCUUAUUGCAACCAUAACUUACCUUCUUCCAGCCACAGAGUCCUCCCCUCAUGAGCUGGACAAGAGGCUGGUUGUGUCUCUGCUGCUAUGCUUGCUGGACUGGGUGAUGGCUCUACCUCCAAAAACUCUCCUGCAGCCGGUCCAAGGAGCCUCGGACAAUGAAAAAACUGACAAGUCCAUCCUCAGCUGUAUCUAUAAAGUCCUCCAUGGCUGUGUAUAUGGGGCUCAGAGCUUCAGUAACCCCAAUUACUUCCCCAUUCACCUGUCAGACUUGAGCAGCCCAGACUACGACCCCUUCCUACUACUGGAGAACCUGAAAGAGCCAGAGCCACUUCAUUCACCCGAAUCUGAACGCUCCUCUAAACUGCAGCCCGUCACUGAAGUGAGGAGUCGUAUUCAGCAAGGCCUGAUUUCAAUUGCAGCGCGCACGGUCAUAUCCCACCUGGUCAAUCACCUGGGUCACUAUCCGAUGAGUGGUGGUCCAGCCACUCUGACCAGCCAGGUAUGCGAGAACCAGGAUAACCCGUACAGCGAGAGCGCAGACCUGACCCCUGAACUCUUCGACGCACCCAACUUACAGUUCUUUGUGCUCAAUGGCACCACCCUGCUGUCCUAUCUACAGAUCCGGGCAGAGGACGGCCUGCCCGGUGGCGGGAUGUCAGCUGGCCUCACCACCACCAGUGCCUGCGUUCGGGUGAUCGUGAGGGACAUUUCCGGAAAACACUCCUGGGACUCUGCUGUACUGUAUGGUCCACCUCAUUGCAUCACUCCUAGUCAAACUUUGCAACUCUACUCAUCCUCCAAUCAAGCAGGGGGCGAUAGAGAAUGUGGCCGAGAUGAGGACAGUCUAGAAAGAGGCAGUCAAGAAGAACCAGAGGAUGGUGAUUUUCAGGAGAAUGAGGAGGACCUGGAUGAGCACGAGGAGGAUGUGAAAGAAGACAGAGAGGAGGAAGAAGACGAGGAAGAAGAGGCAGGGCUGGAACUGAUGGCCCCACAGGCCAAACGGCGGUGCAGAGAGGUGAUCCCAAGCUGGGACUCCCUGCAGGAUGGGGAGGACGCCCUGGAUGAAAUGUUGCAGUACCUGGGAUACUCCAGCCCAGAGUGCCUGCAACGUACUGGUGCACUGCUCAACAUUCCAGCCCCACCACCCACCUGCGUGUCCGAGAAGCAGGAGAACGACGUCAUCAACGCCAUCCUGAAGCAGUGCGCCGAAGAGCGGGACUUUACGCUGCAUUGUGGAAAUGACCUGAACAUGAGGGCUGUAGUACAGCAAGAGCCAAGCCCACAGAGACCACAGUCGGCCUUUUACUACUGCAAACUGCUCCUCAACAUACUAGGCAUGAACUCCUGGGAGAAGAGGAACAGUUUCCACCUGCUGAAGAAGAACGAAAAACUACUGAGAGAGCUGAAGAAUCUGGAUUCAAGGCAGUGUCGUGAAACGCACAAGAUUGCUGUGUUUUACGUGGCAGAGGGACAGGAAGACAAGCACUCAAUACUGUCCAACACAGCCGGGAGUCAGGCCUAUGAGGACUUUGUGUCAGGCCUGGGCUGGGAGGUGAACCUAUCGAGUCAUUGUGGUUUCAUGGGCGGCCUGCAGAGGAACAAGAGCACGGGUUUGACCAUGCCUUACUUCUCCACAUCUACAGUUGAAGUGAUGUUCCACGUUUCCACACGCAUGCCUCCGGACUCAGACGACUCGCUCACUAAAAAGUUAAGACACUUGGGUAACGACGAAGUGCACAUCGUUUGGUCCGAGCACUCACGGGACUACCGGAGAGGCAUCAUUCCUACUGAGUUUGGAGACGUGCUCAUCAUCAUCUACCCCAUGAAGAACCACAUGUACAGCAUCCAGAUCAUCAAAAAACCCGAGGUGCCGUUCUUUGGUCCCUUGUUUGAUGGAGCCAUAGUGGAUGGAACUAUCUUACCCACAGUGGUGCGAGCCACGGCCAUCAACGCCAGCAGAGCUCUGAAAUCCCUCAUCCCUCUUUACCAAAAUUUCUACGAAGAGAGAGCGAGAUAUCUGGAGACGAUAGUCCAGCACCACUUGGAACCGACAACAUUUGAGGACUACGCGGCUCGUGUUUUCUGCCCUGCACCUUUCCACCAUCUUCCCUCUGAAGCAGAUCAUAAUCUUUCACUUGUGUGUAUCUAAAGGUAAGAUUCCUAAAGAUGCCGUACACUGAGGCUGCCUGAUUGUCUUUUGCGUUUGUUUGGCUUGUAACGAUGUUAUGAGCUCCUUCUCUUUUCGCUUCAUCUUGUUUGUUCGAUUCCUUUCUAGACUGAAACGUGUUCCCUUCUUUUUCCAUGUUUUCUGUGUUUUGUUCAAUGGGAAGUCUGGAGCAUUCGUUGCAUGACAUGUUCACACAAGAUCCCUAAUACUGACCAACAUUUACACUCUUCUUCACCUCUCUCUAGGUUCCUAGCAUUCAUGUGUGUGUCCAGCAUGAUCUCACAGCUUCACUCACCUUAUCUUCUAUUCUUUAUAUCACACAUAUGUCUGUGUAUCUGUGUAAAUGUCGAUGGAGUCACCAGAAUGGUACAGUAUAACAGCUCUCAUGUGGAUAAUAGAGCUCAGCAGUGGCAGCUGCCAACUUUUUUAGCAGCCUUUGUUCCGGAAGUAUUUUUCCUGUUCCGUAAGCGUUUUUGAAGAUUCCUUAUAAAGAGUUCUUCAACCAACUCUUGAUUGAAUCACAACAUAUCAAAGAAAAAGGUGCAAAGUCUCUUAGGAGUGGAAUUAACUAUGUCACAUAAAUCACUGCAGAUCAUAAUUUAAUCUGAUAUUUUUGUGCCCGACUAUUUUACCAAUACGUUCUUUUCAGUAAACACUACUACCGCUGUGCUGUAAUGCGAACAUCCAGUUUAAAUGAUUGCCUUUACAACAUGUCUGUAUAAUUUUUUUAAUUAAUUUUAUUCAUAAAGGACACAUUGUUUAAUUGCUAAAAUUGAU